ACUGGAUUGCGGCGGCGGGCGUCUUUUCCCGUUUGCGCAUGCGCGGGUUUCAUGUCGUCGCCGGUGCCGCCAUUUUGUGUGUGGCCUCUGGUGCCUGCGCUGAGGGAGAUGUUACGGGGAAGCGACGAGAGGAGGCCGGCAGCGCGGGAGGAGGAGGCCUCUGCCUCCUAUUCUGGCCGCUGUUCGUCCUCGUCCGGGACGGAGCACCUGCCCCGUUACCACUUCGGGCUGCUGCAAACCCCGCUGAGUACGGCGGGCAGCGCCGGCGGCCCCCAGCGAGAGGCAGACUCCCUCGGCAGGGUCGUCCCCCCGGGGCCGGGGCCGCAGCUGUUCUCUGCGGCAGCAGGAGAUUCAUACUUUGGGGACAAGAGUUCGUAUGCAGAAAAUGUUAGCACAAUGAAUUUUACAAGCUCUUCUUCUGCAAGAGGUCUAAAUAGUGCCUGGAUAGGAAAAACACCCCUCUCUUCUAGUAGAUCAGGUUGUAGAAGCAGGACUCCUCUCAUGGGAUAUUCAGCUGGCUAACGCCCUCCAUCUCAGUGAUGACUUCAGUUCAGAGCUGGUGUAAGGAUUUACUAUGUGAAGUGCUUUGGGAUCCUUCAGAAUGAAAUAUACUAUAUCUGUAAAUUACAUCCUCAUCUGCUGUCUCUGCUCAUUUGGUUGCAUCCGUUAUUGUAGCUGUAGUAGAAGGGAGAGGACUUGCCAGAGGUGAAGUAGGAAUGGCUAGUAUUGACUUAAAAAACCCUGAAGUGGUAUUAUCCCAAUUUGCGGACAAUACAACCUAUGCUAAGGUUAUCACAAAACUCAAGAUUUUAACACCAUUAGAAAUAAUAAUGUCAAAUACUGCUUGUGAUACAGGGAAUACAACAAAAUUGUUCAGUUUGAUAACAGACAAUUUCAAGAACGUGACUUUUACUACUGUCCAAAGAAAAUACUUCAAUGAAACAAAGGGCUUGGAAUAUAUAGAACAGUUGUGUACAUCUGAAUUCAGCACUGUCCUAAUGGAGGUUCAGUCCAAGUAUUACUGUCUAGCAGCUGUUGCAGCUUUGCUAAAAUAUGUUGAAUUUAUUCAAAAUUCAGUUUAUGCUCCUAAGUCACUCAAGGUUCGUUUCCAGGGAAGUGAGCAAACUGCUAUGAUAGAUUCAUCAUCAGCCCAAAAUCUUGAAUUGUUAACUAACAAUAGAGAUUCUCGGAAUGGUCACACUCUUUUUGGCGUUCUAAAUUAUACUAAAACUCCAGGUGGAAGCCGAAGACUUAGGUCUAAUAUCCUGGAGCCUCUGGUUGAUGCUGAAACAAUUAACACAAGAUUGGAUUGUAUUCAGGAACUUCUCCAGGAUGAGGAGCUCUUUUUUAGUCUUCAGGCAGUGAUUUCAAGAUUCCUGGAUACUGAACAACUUCUUUCAAUUUUAGUACAAAUUCCAAAGCAAGAUACAGUUAACGCUGCUGAAUCAAAAAUAACUAAUUUAAUCUAUCUGAAGCAUACUCUGGAACUUGUGGAUCCUCUAAAGGCUGCUUUGAAAAGCUGCAAGACACAUCUGUUAAAGGCAUAUUACAGUUCUCUGGAAGACAAAAGGUUUGGAAUCAUACUUGAAAAGAUUAAAACUGUCAUUAAUGAUGAUACAAGAUACACAAAAGGAUGCCUGAAUAUGAGGACCCAGAAGUGCUACGCAGUCAGGCCAAACAUCAAUGAAUUCCUUGAUAUAGCUCGUAGAACAUACACAGAGAUUGUAGAUGACAUAGCAGGAAUGAUAACACAGCUUGGAGAAAAAUACAACCUACCUUUGAAGAUGAGUUUCAGCUCUGCUCGUGGAUUUUUUAUCCAAAUGAAUGCAGAAUGUGCAGCAUUACCUAAUGGUCAGCUUCCUUCAGAAUUUACAAAGAUCACUAAAAUGAAAAAUGCGUAUAGCUUUACUUCAGCAGACUUAAUUAAAAUGAAUGAAAGAUGCCAGGAGUCUUUGAGAGAAAUUUAUCACAUGACCUACUUGAUAGUGUGUAAACUAUUGAGUGAAAUCUAUGAACAUAUCCAUUGCCUAUACAAACUCUCUGACACUGUGUCAAUGUUGGAUAUGUUGCUGUCAUUUGCCCAUGCCUGCACUCUUUCUGACUAUGUUCGUCCAGAAUUUACUGAUACAUUAGCAAUCAAGCAGGGAUGGCAUCCCAUUCUUGAAAAGAUAUCUGUGGAAAAACCUGUUUCUAAUAACACGUAUAUCACAGAAGGCAGCAAUUUUAUCAUUAUUACAGGACCAAAUAUGAGUGGAAAAUCAACUUACCUGAAACAGAUUGCUCUCUGUCAAAUUAUGGCACAGAUUGGUUCUUAUGUCCCAGCAGAAUAUUCUUCUUUUAGAAUUGCUGAGCAGAUUUUCACUAGAAUUGGUAUGGAUGAUGACAUAGAAACAAAUUCAUCAACAUUCAUGAAGGAAAUGAAAGAGAUAACAUAUAUCAUGCAAAAUGCUAAUGACAAAUCACUCAUCAUAAUUGACGAACUUGGCAGAGGUACCAGUACUGAAGAAGGUAUUGGCAUUUGUUAUUCAGUGUGUGAAUAUCUACUGAGUUUGAAGGCAUUUACUCUAUUUGCUACACAUUUCCUGGAACUGUGUCACAUAGAUGCUUUAUAUCCCAAUGUGGAAAACAACCAUUUUGAAGUGCAACAUGUGAAAAACAGUGCUGGAAAUAAGGAAAAAAUUACUUAUACUUACAUACUUUCGAAAGGACACACAGAGGAAAAAAACUAUGGAUUAAAAGCUGCAGAAGUUUCUUCUCUACCACCAUCAAUAAUUUUGGAUGCAAAGGAGAUCACAACUCAUAUUGCUAGACAAAUUUUGCAAAAGCAAAGAGCCACUCCUGAGACAUUAAGACAAAGGGCUGUAUACCAUCUAGCAACAAGGCUGGUUCAGACUGCAAGGAACUCUCGAUUGGAUCCAGACAGUUUGCGAAUAUUCUUGAAAGGCCUGAAAAAAAAGUAUGAAGCUGAUUGUCCUGUGUCUGGACAAGCACAAACUGAAGAUGGACAGUAAUUUAUAGCUUACACCGAUGCAUUAAUUUAGUUGGUGGGGGCCAGAAUAUUUAUUUUCUGUAUCACUGACAUUUAUUGUUUUUUAUUUUUUUAAAUCUUUGAUUCUCAUCAUAAAUUAUAUUCACUACUGAAGCACCACAUUCCCUAUAUGUGGGUAUAAAUAGUUAUUCCUCUGAAGAAUUUUUUUGGAGCAAAUUUUAAACAGAAGCAUUUAUUUUGUAUAAAUAAUAUAACUAUGAAACAAUUUUUUUCCAUAUGACUCUUGAUAUGUCAGUGAUGGCCAAAAGUCCCUAUAUGCUUUCUUCUGAAGAGAUUGAGGGCAGGUGGCCCCACUCCAUUUUGCUAGAGAUUGGUGGAGAACCUACUCCAACUCUUCUCUAGCAACAGAGGAUGGUGAAUAGGUUUAUUUCAAAAUAGAAAAUUAACCCUUUUACAGAGUCUUCAGUACAUCUCUCCACCUCCUGGAGCUGGAUUAAAUCCUUCUAAGAUGCAUAGCCCCAGUAUGGAAAGAAGGAAUGGAUCAAACCAAAGAAAGGGAGUUGUGGUAGGCAGACAACUUAUUUGCUCUUCCUGGAUAUAACUCCCGGGCAAAUGAGGAGGUGUUGUUUUGGCCUUCCACCAAAUGACACCUGUCUGUGGAAUAGGUCAGUCAACAGCAAAGCCAGCAUCCUUGGUUGGCCUUUUUACAGAAAAUUGCACAUACAUUGACAUGGUUAAGCUUUUAGCAUUCCUGAUGCCUAAACAUUAAAGGAAUCUCAUUAACAUUAAAACUACAUUUGACUGAACAUGCUUUUCAUGUACUACAGUUACAAGUAACAUCUAAGAUUACUUCUUUAUAAUUAUGACAAAGGCUAGAGAAAGUAUUAUUUCAGCUCUGUCUUUUCUGUUUGUUUUUUGUGUGCGUUUGACAACACUUUAGUCACUUCACUCUUAUGUAGAUAGCUAGUUUUUCUGUCUAGUCUUAUGCAGUGAUAUAUUGACAUCACCUACUAGCCAGAGGCAGAGCAUUUACCACACCUCUGGAAAUAAUUUUGGCUGAAGGUGGCCAAAUUUAAGGUCCAAUCACGGCUCUGAGUUGGGGCCAGUGAGGAUCUCUCUCCACCUCAGUGGAAGCUCCAGGAGGGAUUCCCUUUAAUCUUGUGCCCACCUUCUCUUUAAGCAACCAUGUGGGGGCACAAUCUAGACUAUAAAAAGUUAGUUAAACUAUUCAUAGUUUAAGGAUUUAUUAAGUGUUUGUAUAACAUUUAAUAAAUAGCCUUUUCUAAAUUACAGUAGUUUACUUUUUUCUUGGGCAUAUUUUAUUUUCACAUAUUUCAAAAAUAUCAAGAGAAAAAACUUUUUAAACUCAGUCUCCACGGUUUCCUUUUCAAGAGUGUCUCCUGCCUUAGCUGUGUCAAUUACAAAGAGAAAUGAAAGACACAGCAUUUUGGUUGAAGGCAGUUUGCAGCAAAGACUUCACAAUCCCCAGGGGCUUCCAAUGAUUUUACAUUGAUUUUUAAAUCAGUUGAAAACACCGCCAAUAAAUUUUUUUCUCCAAUGUUUUUCCUCCCUUUUAUAGAUUAUUAUUAUUAUUCACACAGCAUAGGCAUGACUGGUCUCUGCUUCAAAGAGUUUACAAUCAAAACUGAAGAUGCAGACAAAAAUGGGAGUAAGGAAGUAACAAAAGAAAAUUAAUUCUUCCCAACAAUAUUCCCACUGAACUGUUCUCUAUCUUAUCAUUUUUAAUCUCUUAUUAUAUGUGGAGAUUGUAGGGAUGCUUCAAGGCAAGGCUGCCUAACACUUUCUAUUAUAAGACCUUUUUUUCAGUUGCUUAUAACUUCGCCAAACUUUAGGCUGAAAUUUCUCAUACUGCAUGUCUGCCUCAGGUUGAUUCUUUUUGGAUCUUUACAGCAAAAAUAGUUCAGCCAUUUCUCAGAACAAGAUUAGGGACAUAUAGGUUGUUUUCCCCUCAUUAAAAACAUUCUUACAACUGUUUCAGUGUGAAGCUUCAGUACCUCCAUGGUUUAGAGCAGGGACAUGAAAUUUGCUGAAGGGGGAAGUGUUGCCCGCAUGUCAGGGAAGUGCAUUUUUUUGUACCCAUAAAACAAAUUUGGCAUAAUUAUAGGUCUCAGAAAAACCAGAAUUCACACAUGCUCAGUAGAGAAUUGUUAGACUUCGGCAACUAAAUUCUCUAAAGAUUCCAUCUGUUCCGAGUAUGCUGCAGCCUGGGGCAGCAGGGGCUGAAAAGAACUUUUCUGUAAUUGUGCCUCAUGGCUGCCAGGGUCCACUGUGGCACCAGACACAGGAACAGAAACCCAGGGAAAUGCUCUCACCUGUACUCGCAAUGUUCCUGCAUUAUUGCUUCCUCAUCUACUGAUUCCUAGAAUAUCAGGUUCAUGGGUAGUGUUAGUCUAUAGAGUUCAGAGUAGCAGCCGUGUUAGUCUGUAUCCGCAAAAAGAACAGGAGUACUUGUGGCAC